CGUGCUAUAAAACCGCGGCCGGAGCCCCAGCCCCGCAGACUGCUGCCUUCUCCAUCCGAUUCAUAGACUUCGGCGUGCGGGAGCAACCUUGCAAACCACAUAAAAAAAAAAUGCGUGAGUGUAUCUCCAUCCAUGUUGGCCAAGCUGGUGCCCAGAUGGGCAAUGCCUGCUGGGAGCUGUACUGCCUGGAGCACGGGAUCCAGCCUGACGGCCAGAUGCCCAGUGACAAGACCAUCGGAGGAGGAGACGACUCCUUCAACACCUUCUUCAGCGAGACCGGGGCGGGCAAACAUGUCCCCCGGGCUGUGUUUGUGGACCUGGAGCCCACUGUCAUCGAUGAGGUGCGCACAGGUACCUACCGCCAGCUGUUUCACCCCGAGCAGCUCAUCACUGGCAAGGAAGACGCUGCCAAUAACUACGCCCGCGGGCACUACACCAUCGGCAAGGAGAUCAUCGACCUGGUGCUGGACAGGACACGCAAGCUGGCAGACCAGUGCACAGGGCUCCAGGGCUUCCUCAUCUUCCACAGCUUCGGCGGUGGUACUGGCUCUGGUUUCACCUCCCUGCUGAUGGAGCGCCUCUCUGUCGACUAUGGCAAGAAGUCCAAGCUGGAGUUUGCUGUCUACCCAGCUCCCCAGGUGUCCACAGCUGUGGUGGAGCCCUACAACUCCAUCCUGACCACCCACACCACCCUGGAGCACUCUGACUGUGCCUUCAUGGUCGACAACGAGGCCAUCUAUGACAUCUGCCGCAGGAACCUGGACAUUGAGCGCCCCACCUACACCAACCUCAACAGGCUCAUUGGCCAGAUCGUCUCCUCCAUCACUGCCUCCCUGCGCUUUGAUGGUGCCCUGAAUGUGGACCUGACUGAGUUCCAGACCAACUUGGUGCCCUACCCUCGCAUCCACUUCCCUCUGGCCACCUAUGCCCCCGUGAUCUCUGCUGAGAAGGCCUACCAUGAGCAGCUGUCGGUGGCUGACAUCACCAAUGCCUGCUUUGAACCAGCCAACCAGAUGGUGAAAUGUGACCCCCGUCAUGGCAAGUACAUGGCCUGCUGUCUGCUGUACCGUGGAGACGUGGUGCCCAAAGACGUCAACUCUGCCAUCGCCACCAUCAAGACCAAGCGCACCAUCCAGUUUGUGGACUGGUGUCCCACUGGCUUCAAGGUGGGUAUCAACUACCAGCCCCCAACUGUGGUGCCUGGGGGAGACCUGGCCAAGGUGCAGAGAGCUGUGUGCAUGCUGAGCAACACCACCGCCAUCGCUGAGGCCUGGGCUCGCCUGGACCACAAGUUCGACCUGAUGUACGCCAAGCGUGCCUUUGUCCACUGGUAUGUGGGAGAGGGGAUGGAGGAGGGAGAGUUCUCUGAAGCACGAGAGGACAUGGCGGCCCUGGAGAAGGAUUAUGAAGAGGUGGGCACUGACAGCGUGGGAGAGGAAGAUGAAGAGGGAGAGGAGUAUUAGGAAGAGUAAUUAAGCCUUGGUCUUGCUGCAUUCAGUCGUGCUUUAAGUCAUUAUGGACGUUCUGAAAUGCACCUUAAUUAUGUAACUGCUUCUUUAUAUGGACCAAUAUUUCCCAUUGUCAACAAUUUAAAACGUUCUUAACAUUUCCAGCAUCCAGGCAAUAAUGUUCUGUAAAUGUCCAGUCUCCAUUUCCAUCAUUCCAGUAAUUUAAAAUAAAUGAAUAAAGCAA